AUGUUUUGCAGAGUUGUUGCCACUUCAUCCAGGUAUUUAACGUUAUCCUCAGCCAGAAAUGCACCACGUGUCGCGGUUGUGGGAAGCGGACCAGCGGGUUUAUUUACAUGUGCAACAUUACUACGACGGGUACCUUCAUGUGUGAUUGAUGUGUUUGACGCUGCGCCAGUUCCGUUUGGUCUUGUUAGGUACGGGGUUGCACCCGAUCAUCAAGAAGUAAAAAAUUGUAUUCAUGGCUUUGAAAAAAUCUUCAAUGAUCACCCCAAUCAAGCGAAUCUUUUUUGUAAUGUGAAUAUAGGGAGAGACGUCAAGUUACAGGAAUUAUUUGAUAACUACGACGCUGUUUUAUUGGCCUACGGUGCACAUAGGCCCAGAAGACUAAAAAUCCCCGGUUAUGAUGCUAAAAAUGUAAUUUCUGGUUCUGAUUUCGUGUCUUGGUACAAUGGGGUUCCCGAUACACAAGCCCCAAAACUAGAUGGAAAAAACGCGGUCAUUAUUGGGAAUGGAAAUGUGGCGUUGGAUUGUGCAAGAAUGAUUUCCUCAUCAGACAAUCUCCAAACAACAGACAUUCCUAAAGAGCCAUUGGAAAUUCUCUCCAAAUCUCAACUGUCAAAAAUUACUAUUGCAGGACGACGCGGCCCACAAAACGUAUCCUUUACGAUAAAAGAGCUACGUGAGCAAUUCAAAGUUUCUACGUGGUCGUCUUUUGUGUCGUUACGCGAUUCCGAAUUAGAAGAUUUACAAAAAGCGCUUGCCAGUGGAGACAGACGAAAGAAGAGAUUGUUCCAGGUUAUGUUAGACAAUCUAGCAUCGCCGGCAAAAACUCGCCAAACAAAAGAGUGCAAUUUUGUCUUUAAUCACGUCCCAGUUUCGGUUGAAAAGAAUAACGAAAAUUUUGUGCAGAGUGUCCGUUUUAAUGAUCAAAUAGCUCAGAAAGAAGUUUCUUAUCCGUGCGAUCUUUUGAUAUACAGCAUCGGCUACGAGAAUAUCAUACUUGAUGGAUUACCUGUCAACGAAAAUGGGUCACUCAAAUUGCUAGAUGAGUGUCGAGUUGAUGUAUCUAGUGCUGCUGUUUUUGCUUGCGGAUGGUGUUCACAUGGUCCACGGGGUGUUAUCGUUGAUACUCAACAACAAUCGGUUGCAGUGGCACAGCGAAUAGCCGAAAUUCUACCCUCGAAUUUAGAAACAAAGCCGGGAGUUUCUUCAUUGCUAGAAUCAAGAGGUAUUCGAUACAUCUCGUGGAAAGAGUGGUGUUCGAUUGAUGAAGAGGAAAGGAGAGCUGGUCAUGAAAUGGGAAAAAUUCGAGAAAAGAUUCUACAUUUUGAACCGAUUUUGAGCAGAAAA